CGGGCAGCAAUGCGUUGAUUGGAAAGGCUGGAGAUUAAUUUUUUAGUUUUGAGGUUAAGCUUAAAAGUAAAUUAUUAUAAUGGGAGAUACUGUUUACCCAGCAGUUGCAGAAGUUUGGGCAAUGAGCGAAUUUGAGAAGAUUAAAAGAAAUCACAUCAAGAAAGGUGAACUUUUUGAGGAUUCAGAUUUCCCUGCAACUCAGACUUCUGUUUUUUACCACCAAACACCCCCAUUCCAAUUUCAUUGGAAAAGACCAAAGGAGUUAUGCUCUAAUCCCGUAUUCAUACAGGAUGGGACUUUGCAAUAUGACAUCACGCCUGGAAAAUUAGGAGAUCAUUGGUUGGUUUCUGCACUAGGGUGCUUGAGCAUUACUAAAGGACUGUUUUAUCGAGUAGUUCCAGCUGACCAGUCUUUCGGUUCGUCUCUGGAUUCUUUGAAUUCGGACUAUGCUGGGGUGUUUCGUUUCAGACUGUGGUGGUGUGGAGAGUGGCAAGAAGUGUUGGUGGACGAUCGACUGCCAACAGUCAAUGGGAAGUUAGUCUUCAUCCACUCUCAGCAUUCGAAUCAAUUUUGGGCUGCACUCCUGGAAAAAGCUUAUGCCAAAUUACACGGUUCUUACGAAGCACUGAAGUACGCCUGUUCUCAAGAUGGUCUUGCUGACCUCAUGGGAGGAAUCAUUGAAGCCUUCAAUAUUCGACAAGACCCUACCUCAUGUUUGCGAGUUUUGGGAAGGCUGCUCAAAACUACAUCAGUCACAACUAGCAUUGUCCAACAACAAACCAAAACUAGAAAUCACCCAGAAAAAUUAGCCAAUGGAAUCCUUUUGGGGACAAAUUACAGAGUUCUAUGUGUUGAUAAGGUAGAAACAGUCAAUGGAGAUCAAAUUCAGCUAGUGAAAUUAAGAAACCCUUUAGCUACUUUAUCAGAAUAUGUUGGUUCUUGGUCAAAAGAUUCUUCUGAGUGGGAAAAAAUUAUUCCUGAAGACAUAGACAAACUGAAUUGUCGCAACAUUACAGAUGGCGAGUUUUGGAUGACUUACCAUGAUUUUGUCAAAACGUUUACGAGUUUGGAAGCAGUACACUUGGAUACAGAGACCAGUAAAGAUGAGCCGACCUUGCGAUCAAAAAUCCCAUGGCAUAUGAAAGUAUGGCAUGGGCAAUGGCAGCGAGGUGUAAGUGCAGGCGGUUGCAGGAAUAAUUUAGAUUCUUUCCACAUCAAUCCUCAGUUUCAAAUAGUCCUUCCAGAAUCGGAGGAAGUCGUCAUAUCUCUAAGUCAACACAGUAUUUUAGAGCCAAAAGUUAUCGGGUUUGCAGUUUUUCCGAUGUGCAAGACAUUAACAUCGGAAAUAAUGGAUAAAACGUUUUUUAAAAAAACAAAGUCAAUAUACAGCUCAUCCUACAGUAAUAGCAGGCAGGUUUCUGGCAGAGUACAUUUCGAACAAGGAAGCUACCUCGUUGUUCCUACUACCUUCGAUCCAGCGGAAGAAGCAAGUUUUACCAUCAGAGUGAUAUCCAACAAGGCCAUAAAGUUAAAGUUACUAGAUGCUUCUCCAGCUGUACUGAAGUCUGCUAUUAUUAAGGCUACGCCAUCAAUAGAAACAAAAAUUAACUCAUAUGAAGGAAUAUUCUUGCAACUUUCUGAUGAGCACAAAACGUUGAACGCCUUUGAGUUGCAGGAUGUUUUAGAAGUAUGUCUUCCUAACGAUUACGUAAAGAGUUGUGCAACGUUAGAAGUCUGCCGGCAAAUUGUUCUCGCUUUAGAUAGUAUAGGAAACGGAAGACUUAAAUUUUCAGAUUAUAAAAAUCUGAUGUGCAGCUUGAAGCAUUGGCAGGUGAUAUUUAGGAAUCAUACCAAAGGUACUGCAGGGGUGUUGCGGGCAGAAAAAUUAAGAGAUGCUCUCUUUGAUAUAGGAUUCCAAGUGAAUACAGAGACUCUUUCUUUAUUGGCAUUCCGGUACAUGAGAAAAGAUGGCACUCUGCGAUUUGGCGACUUCGUAUCUUGUAUAUUGCAUCUGUCGACAUCGUUCAAAGCUUUUGAAAAGAGAGAUCCUUUACAAAAUGGUUAUGUAAAAGUGACUUUAAAAGAAUGGCUCAGCUCAUCUCUCCAGUGCUAAAAUAAGAGAUUCAAGAAGGAAAAAAAAAAAAAAAAUCGUGCAAUAUACCAUACGGAAUUGAAAGUUGGAGGAAACACCUCGUGAACUUUUAUUUCUUUGCAAUUUACUCAGGGGUUAAAAAUACCUCAAAUACUUAUGACACCGACAUUUUAUAAUUAAAACUAUGAUUUUUUUUUUGAAUUAAUGGACAAAGGCAUUUAAAUUAUUUUUUAAUCUGUUUUGUAAAUAUUCUUGUUGAAUCUUUUGUGCUAUACAUGCUUAAUCUUCAUUUAAAAAUAAUCUUUGCUGACAAUGUUAAUUGUUUUGCUUAAACAAUAAUUCAUUAUUGUAAAAAAUAUUUCGUGAAAUUGUUAAUAGACUAACGUGUAAAUAAGUGUACAUAUUGUAAAUAACAUUAAUAAUGUAUUUUCUGUGUCGUGUGAUCAUCCGUUUAGGCAAAACAUUUUUAUUGCUGAUUUAUCAUUUUUAAAGUGUAAGAAAAUAAA